AUGACUGACGAACCUCAAGACGUUGAAAUGACCGAUCAGGUUUCCACAACUGAAGUCCAAAAACCGACAUCUUCUGGAGAAAAGAAGACCUCUAAGAGUUCGAAAAAGAGAUUUGAAGUUAGAAAAUGGAGUGCAGUAGCGUUUUGGUCAUGGGAUAUCGUCGUUGAUACCUGUGCUAUUUGCAGAAACCACAUUAUGGAUCCGUGUAUUGAUUGUCAAGCAAAUCAAAACAGUUCGACGGCCGAAGACUGUACAAUUGCCUGGGGCACAUGUAACCACGCGUUUCAUCUUCACUGCAUUUCACGAUGGAUUAAACAGCGUCAGGUAUGCCCUCUAGAUAACCGUGAAUGGGAAUACCAAAAAGUUGGCCAUUAA